AUGGCUCACCUCCUGCCCCGCGAACUCGAGUCGAACCUCGUUUCCGAUAUGCUCACCGACGUUCCAACCGCAUCCAAGGAUCUUCUACUUCAACGCAUCAAGAGAGAUCUCCGCUUCCAUCCUUUCGGCAUUAUCUACAUUGACGUUGAUCCUGAUAUUGCAGAAGUCUUCAUCGACCAACUUGAAGUACCUCUCACAGAAGAAUCUAUCUACAUCUCCUACGAGCCGGACACACCAGACUUACUGGUUGUCGGCAUGGACACUCCGCUCCUCGAUGCUGUUCAGAAUUGGUUCACUCAAUCCUUCUGCGACUGGGAAUUGAGCAAAGAUGAACGCGCUAACCUUGUUGUUGGCGCUUCCCGCACUCACUAUACAUUCCUCAAACCCUAUGACAUCUGUUCAAAAAAGCCCUUGCAAACCUUGCAUAUCAAACGCCAGAAACAUCCCGUCCUCGUCGUUCAGACAGGGUGGGAGGAGCAAUACUUGCCUCUAAGAACUGACAUGUGCGUUUGGUUUGAGGGAUGUAUCCCAACUCUACGCCAUGCCAUCCUUGUUGUCUACGAGCGAAAGAGGUCGAACGGUUCCGUCGCUUGCAAGGUAGAGCUGUUUGGUCGAUCUCCAGAAAUACCGCGCCCGUAUGAAAUACAAUCUUUCACCAUAACCCAAGACAAACUUGACGACCGCGUACUGGAAAUCACUCUGGCCGAUUUGUUCGCAGGGGUGCCCGAUACACCACAUGAUCCCUCCAAGAAGCUUAAGUUGAGCUUGGCCUUGCUGCAAGAAUCUACUUCGUCAGUGUUGGAAACUAUGGACCCAGACGAGGCAAUUGCGAGCUCCUCUAAGAAGCGCAAGCAUGCUUCCUAGAACUUUGUACCCACUUGGUCCUCUUGCUUAAGUCAUCGUGUUUGAGUGGGCCUUUCCUUAUGUCAUCUUGUUUGAGUGGUGACUCUUUGCUUUUACAUUAUCG